AUGAGAAAAUCAUUAGAUUUUUAUUUCUUAAUCUGUAAAAGAUUAACAAGAAUUGCUGGAGGGUACAUUCAAUUUUAAAACAAAAAAGAAUCUAUUCAAUUAGAAAAUAUAAAUCAUUUUUAAGUAUCUUAAAUGUUUUUGAAUAUGGGUAAAGAUCGAUUCUACAAAUCUUGGAAUGGUUAUAUUGGAAAUUUAAAGUUGAAUCUUUGUUCUGGUGCAUCAGAACCCAGUAAAGGUAACUUUAAUCUUGUUAUUCUAGAUUUUAUUAAUCUUCCACCAAAUCUCAACUCAUUUCCAAAAUUUUAUGUAACAGAAACUAUUGAGUAAAUAUGUAAAUAAUUUAAUUAGAACUUGCCUUAUUGACACUAAAAUUAUUGAGAUUACUUAAGUAAACUUAAAAAGUGUUAUUAAUAUUCUUUAAGCAUAAGGGACAUAAGAAAGGAUUUGUUAUUGUUCACCAUCUAAAAUAGAAUAACUAAAGGUUUGA